AGCGGAUUCUUCCGGAAGUGACUCCGUUACCUUGGGGCGCUCCAGUGGCCUGGACUUCAACUGAUUGAGUUGUGAGCUGCAGGCGGUUUCUUCUACGCGUCUCACUGGCGGUGUCUGGGCGGAGAUUUUAACAACCUAAAUAUUAAACAAGGCAGCUGCUUCAAAUCCCUGAGAAACUAUACAGGAUUUCAGAAUGACUGACACUUCUGAAGCUGUUCCAAAUUUUGAAGAGAUGUUUGCCAGUAGAUUUUCAGAGGAUGACAGAGAAUACCAGGAAUACCUGAAACGUCCUCCUCAGACCCCUCCAAUUGUUGAGGAAUGGAAUAGCAGAGCUGGUGGGAACCAAAGAAAUAGAGGAAAUCGGUUGCAAGAUAACAGACAGUUUAGAGGUAGGGAUAGCAGACGGGGGUGGCCAAGUGACAAUCGAUCCAAUCAGUGGCAUGGACGAGCCUGGGGUAGCAAUUACAAGCAGCACAGACAAGAACCUCACUACCCCCACCAGUAUGGACACUAUGGUUACAACCAACGGCCUCCCUAUGGUUAUGGUUACUACUGACAGAAAAUGUUGGCAGGUUUUAGUGAAACCAUUUGCUCUGUUAAUGACAAAAGUUUGAGUGUGUCUUCUGUUUGGUCAUAGUUUUACAUCUGACUUCAGAGAGUGAAUUAUUUUUUGCAACUUGAGACUUUUUUUAAAAAAUAAAUUUUACUAGAGACGUGACAGUAGCUUGGAAUAAGUUAGUCUUAAGGGACUACGGUAAGAAGAUUGUGGAUUAUAUUGCUUGACUUCUACCCCAGAUUCAUCUUUGUUUCAUGACUUAAUGUGUUUUGAGUUUGGUAUUUUUCCCAUGUUUGACUUUCAUGAAUUCUGUUUUUGUUUUACACAGAAAUAAAAAUUUUUACCUAGAAAA